UCCGAAUCCUCAAUGAAUGGCACAGUUUGCAUCUAAAGGAGGAUACUGCUGUCCGAUCUGUAGUCAAAGCCUUCUUGGACCAUCCGCAAAGUAUCACAUCAAGGUCUGUGCUCGACACACUCUCGCCCAACUUGACAGUUGUGCAUCUUGUGGUCGACUAGUCCGGAAGGAUGAUCUCGAAGAACAUACCAAGAGAUGUAGAAGGGCACAAUUGUCACAGGACGGCUUGCAUGAAGAUUUGAAGAAGGCCUGGCAGGAACGGGCGAAGCUGCUUCGGGUGACUCUGGCGAAAAUUGAGGCAGGCGAAAUUGGCAGUCUUGAUCCACGUGGUUUCUUUGUUUGCUCAAUUUGCGGACAGCAAGGCCUGGGGCUUGUUCAAAUCUUGCCGCACGAGGAGCAAUGCCGAGCACGUUUGAGUGCAGAGGGCCAUGUCCCACAGCCAACCUGCAGGGAGGAGACUCAGGCGCUUCAACUCAGUCUUGCAUACAAGCUGGCAGCCUUGAAAGCAGAAGUUGCCGAGGCUGCAGCGGCAAACGGACAUGACCCUGGUGAACUGUUGUCCCUCAGUCUGGACAGAUUGCGGGACGUCGCAAAGAACGCUUGCUUUCGGGAGGAAAAGAAGUACCGAAGACUGCGAAUGUCAAAUGCGGCUGUGGCAGAGGCCAUUGGCCGGUGGAAAGCAGCUGUAGAACUUCUGGAGGCGAUCGGCUUUGAGCAAGUGAUGCACACCAGCAAGACAGGUGGCGAUUCUGAACCUCAUUUGAUCAUGGCAUCACAACUGGGAGAGGCAAGCUUCAAGGCCUAUUUGGAUGUCUUGGACGGCAAGGAGAUGGAUUCAGGAUCAAGCAUACUGGAGGAAUGUCCUCACUGCAAAAGAAAAUUCCGUUUCGAUCGCAUAGCGAAGCACGAAACCCGAUGCCCUGAAUCAAAGGCAAAGCCGGCCAAGCUAGAUGUUGUUGCCAAGUUGCUUGCUGGCACGCCUGGGGAGAAGCACAUUGCGGAGGUGAGACGAUCGAUCCAAAAUGGCAUAACGCUACCUCCGCUGGUAAUGAAGCGAGAAAAUGGUGAGGAAUCCGAUGGGCUGCAAGAAUGCGCUCGGUGCAAAAGACGAUUCUCAGCUGAAGCCAUGGAGAAACACGCCAGAAGGUGCACAGCCACACCACGAGCACCUUCUGCAAGGCGAUUAAAUCCUUUGCAAAGUGAAACAGCGCGACCCCCAGAAUCGGCUUCCCGGCCAAGUUCAUCUAGGCACAAAGAUGCUGGAGGAAUGAGGUCGAUCAACAAAGAUUUGAGCGGAAAUCUGGAAGCGCAGGAAAUCCCAAAGGAGUCCAAGCGAGGGACACCCGGAGGGACACCUGGAGGAACACCUGGAGGGACACCGAGAGGGACCAGACCCAACUCAGAAACUUCAGAGGUUCCAGCCUUGCGAUCUGGAUCUCGUGGAUCUCGUGGAUCUCGCGGAUCUCGUUCAUCUCAUGGACAGAGGGAGCAGGUGCAAAGGCCACUGACCCCGAAAAGAGGUAUGGAGUCCAUGGAGUCUGUCAAGACACGCAGCACAAGCAGCACAACCACGGCUGGCAACUCGCGGCCAGGAUAUCCCAAUGGACGCAGUGCAGCUGUACAAACUGCACAACCAUCUUAUGAACAGCUUGAGCUUGAUGUGGCUGACUGGCUAGACGAGAAGUGAGUAGUUGUCACAUGUGGAGGAACAUUCCUAGCUGGCGUUAGUUGGGAUCCUUGCGGACCUGGUUUGAGCAAAGGUCAGGUACUUCUCCUGGUUCCUGCAGAGGCUGCUUUUGCGUACUUUCGCCGCUGUAGUUCAUACGAUGCUGCAGUUGCACUGGCUGGUGUUUGGUCCUGUAGUUGGACGGAAUCUUCCAGAUGGUCUAGAACACGGAGGACAUGCAGCAGACGAACUAGAUAGAAAA